AUGCGGUUUGGCGUGCACCUCCUGGGCCUCUGUGCUCUGUCUGGCUUUAGCACAGCAGCACCAUCGUCACCGAACCCAGAGCUUGAGCAGCGACGGGUUCUGAGCGGUAUCGUUAAUGGUGUCGAUAAUGCCUUGAGUGCGACGAUCAGCGGGCUUCUCGGCUCUCUCCGCAAGGCUAUUGACAGUGGCGAUAGGCAAAAGACCCUUGAUGUUUUGCAAAAGCUGAAGUCCACGAAGAAGCCAAAGAACGUCAGCGAUGCCAACAAAGUGUUGAAGGCCGUUGUGGACUCCAAGCCUAAGGAUAUUGUUGAGUAUACCGGUCGCUUGAUUGCGAAUGGCAUCAUUGCUGGGGAUACAGUCGAUCUCUUUAGUUAUGCUAAAGGCCUUGUCAGUCCCGAGAAUGGAAGCAACAACAAAAACCGCAAUCCGCCAAAGGGUAAAUCGAUCUACCCCAAGGUAUUGAAAUGCGAUGCUUCAUACACAGUCCCCGAAGCAAAGCUGCGCGCUGCCAUCUAUAUCCCAGACACAUUCACGUAUGGUAGAUUGCCUCCUGUCAUUCUGUUUCCCGGUACUGGAUCCACUGGGUACACCACGUUCCGUGGAAACUUCAUCCCGCUGCUGACGGGAGUGAACUGGGCCGACCCUGUUUGGGUAAAUGUGCCUGGACUUCUACUCGACGAUGCCCAGACCAACGCCGAGUACGCCGCUUAUGCGCUGAACUACAUCGCUGCUAUAUCAAAGCGAAAUGUUCAAAUCAUUGGCUGGUCUCAAGGCAACAUCGACAUCCAAUGGGCGUUCAAGUACUGGCCCUCAACACGCAAGGUCACAGAAGACCAUGUUGCUGUCAGUGCAGAUUACAAGGGCACUAUCCUCGCCAACUUUGUCGAUAUCUCUGGUAUUACCAACACACCUGCCGUUGUGCAACAAGAAGCCGGCAGCAACUUCAUCAGAACGCUGCGCUCGGGUGGCGGUGAUUCAGGUUAUGUUCCCACAACAAGCCUAUACUCUAGCUUCUUUGAUGAGAUCGUGCAGCCCCAGAAAGGCACCGGAGCUUCAGCCUACUUACUCGACGCUCGCAAGGUCGGUGUCACUAACGCCGAGGUUCAGCAAGUGUGCUUCGGGAAACUAGGUGGUUCAUUCUACACACACGAAAGUAUGCUGGCGAACCCGCUCACCUUUGCCCUGGCGAAAGAUGCUCUUACUCAUAAAGGUCCUGGAAAGAUAUCGAGGCUGGACUUGGCAAAGGUCUGCAGCACUUCUCUUGCGCCUGGGCUUGGUUUGGAAGAUCUUUUGAUCACGGAGAAUUCGAUUGCAAUUGCUGGUAUUUCUCUUGUUUUGUAUUUGCCCAAGGUCAAGCAGGAGCCUGCGGUGAAACAAUAUGCUCUGAAGGUUGCUGCCAAGUGCUAA